GGUUGCGCGCGGUCGUUAGUUACAGUUCUCCAGAGAGCUGAUGUCUGUUGGAUAAUCACAUUUGAACGAUAUAGAAAAGUUGAACGGCGGCUUUGCUUCGAAACAGUCACGGCCAGUAUGAGUGAACGCGAGACAUACACGCCAUCGGCGUAUCAGAAUCCCAAUUUUAUCGGAGAUGAUGGUGAUACGAAUAACUGGAUGGGUGUGGGCCAAGUCCCCAAGGGUAUCGAGCUGUACGAGGUGCAGCUAAGGGAAGAGGCCACCGUCAAUACCCAUGCCAUGGAUUUCAAUGACAUGCUGCCUUUGAUAGGAGAAUUUGGACGUUAUCAGAAAAUUCUAUUUUUGCUCACCAUACCCUUUGGCUUUUUCUUGGCUUUUGUUUAUUUCACCCAAAUCUUUUUGACCCUGGUGCCCGAGCAGCAUUGGUGUGAGGUUCCGGAAUUGGCAGAUUUACCACUGGAGCAAAGAUUGGCCCUAUCCAUACCCCGCAUUAAUGGAGAGUACAGCAAAUGUCUGCGUUACAAUGUCAAUUUUACAGAACAAUUACGGCUGGGUGUUAAACAGGCCAAUGCCUCCUGGCCCAUUAGCGGCUGCACGCAUGGUUGGUCAUACAACUUUACCGAGAUACCCUACACCACCAUAGCCACGGAGCUGAAUUGGGUUUGCGAAGACUCGGUGUUGGCCACCUAUGCCCAGGCGAUAUUUUUUGUGGGAGCCAUUAUCGGAGGCCUACUCUUCGGUUGGGUGGCUGAUAAAUUUGGACGUGUCCCCUCAACCAUAGCCUGUAAUUUGGUCGGCUGUGCUGCCGGUCUUGGAACAGCUUUUGUCAAAUCAUUUUGGAUGUUUGCUUUAAUGCGUUUUUUGGUGGGAUUUGCUUUUGACAAUUGUUUCGUGAUGAUCUUCAUAUUGGUUUUGGAAUAUGUGGGUCCCAAAUAUCGUACAUUUGUUGCCAAUAUGCCCAUAGCCAUAUUUUUCACCUCUGCUGCCUGUUUGCUGCCUUGGAUAGCCUAUUACCUAGCCAAUUGGCAAUAUUUGGCCAUAGCCACAUCGGCGCCCCUAAUAUUGGUGAUAUUUACACCAUGGCUGGUACCAGAAUCAGCCAGAUGGCUGGUGUCGCAGGGCAAAAUAGACAAAUCCAUAGAAAUUCUUAAGAAAUUGGCCAAAAGCAAUCGUCGCGAUGUUAGUGAGCAAACAUUUCAGAACUUUCGUGAGAGCUGCUUAAAACUGCAACAAGAGGAAGAGCAAAAUAGUUCGUACUCCAUUUUGGAUUUGUUUAAGACGCCACGGCUCAGACGCACCACCAUUAUUUUGGUAUUUGUAUGGAUGUGCAUAACCUUGGUGUUUGAUGGCCAUGUGCGUAAUGUGGGCUCUUUGCCUUUGAACAUCUUCCUCACCUUUACCAUAGCUUGUCUGAGUGAAUUUCCAGCUGGUGUUAUACUGCUAUGGACCAUGGACAAUUUGGGACGGCGUUGGAAUGCCUGCGGAAGUAUGGUCUUAAGUGGGGUCUUUAGCCUUUUGGCCGCCUUUGCUCCCAGCGAUGCCUACAUUGUGGCCUUUGCCAUUAUAGGCAGAUUUUUCGUCAAUAUUUCCUACAAUGUGGGUUCACAAUAUGCCGCCGAAGUUUUGCCCACUGUGGUAAGGGCUCAGGGAGUUGCGUUCAUACACAUCAUGGGCUAUGCCUCAACCAUUGUGGCACCAUUUGUGGUACAUUUGAGUAAUGUGUCCGCCUUGUUGCCUUUGAUAAUACUCGGCCUCUUGGGUAUUUUGGGAGGCCUUUUGUGUCUUUUAUUGCCAGAAACAGUAGAUCGAGUGCUGCCCCAAACGUUGCAGGAUGGCGAGGAGUUUGGCAAGGAUCAACGUAUGUGGGAAAUGCCUAUUUUGGAGAGAAAGGCUAAGUAGUGGCGAGGGUUGGUGAUGGGGUCUAUUGGAAAAGUUGUAACUCCGAGGGAAUUAUUGUAGAAAAAUGCAAAAUGGUUAAGUUUUUGAAUUUUGCAGGUAGUUUGUUAAGUAAGUAAGUCGUGAAGACAUAUGCAAGUCCUUAUAUGUCCUGAAAAACAAAACAGUAUUUACAAUGUUUGUAAUUUGUUAUAAUGAAUAUAAAUUGUUAUAAAUUAAUAAAAUCUUAUAU